UUAUUGGGCUUGGCGGGUUGCCUGUGCGAGGCAGGAUGGAGGAUGAGGAGGAGGAGGCGCGUUCGCUGCUGGCAGGCGACGGGGCUCUCGCGCCCCCCGCCACGCUGCCCGCGAUCUGCGACCCCAGCCGCCUGGCGCACAGGCUUGUGGUGCUGCUGCUGAUGUGCUUCCUCGGUUUUGGCAGCUAUUUUUGCUAUGAUAAUCCCGCUGCCCUUCAGACUCAGGUUAAACAGGAUAUGCAGGUGAAUACCACAAAAUUCAUGCUGCUGUAUGCCUGGUAUUCUUGGCCCAACGUAGUUCUGUGUUUCUUUGGUGGCUUUUUGAUAGACCGAGUAUUUGGAAUACGAUGGGGCACCAUUAUUUUUAGCUGCUUUGUUUGCAUUGGACAGGUUAUUUUUGCUCUCGGUGGGAUAGUCAAUGCAUUUUGGCUGAUGGAAUUUGGAAGGUUUGUGUUUGGGAUUGGUGGGGAAUCUUUAGCAGUUGCCCAGAACACAUAUGCUGUGAGUUGGUUUAAAGGCAAAGAAUUAAACCUGGUGUUUGGACUCCAACUUAGUAUGGCUAGAAUUGGAAGCACAGUGAAUAUGAACCUCAUGGGAUGGCUGUAUUCUAAGAUUGAAGCUUUGAUGGGCUCCACAGGCCACACAACUCUUGGGGUCACACUGAUGAUUGGGGGUAUCACAUGCAUCCUUUCACUCAUCUGUGCACUGGCCCUUGCUUACUUGGAUCAGAGAGCAGAAAGAAUCCUUCAUAAAGAACAAGGAAAAACAGGUGAAGUUAUUAAGUUAACAGAUGUGAAGGACUUCUCUUUACCCCUCUGGCUCAUAUUUCUCAUCUGCGUCUGCUAUUAUGUUGCUGUGUUUCCUUUUAUUGGACUUGGAAAGGUCUUCUUCAUAGAGAAGUUUGGAUUUUCUUCCCAGGCAGCAAGUGCAAUUAACAGUGUUGUAUAUGUCAUAUCAGCCCCCAUGUCUCCAAUAUUUGGGCUGCUGGUGGAUAAAACAGGGAAGAAUAUCAUCUGGGUUCUGUGUGCUGUGGCUGCUACGCUUGCUUCGCAUAUGCUACUGGCCUUCACGCUGUGGAACCCCUGGAUUGCAAUGUCUCUCCUGGGAGUCUCCUACUCAUUGCUGGCUUGUGCAUUGUGGCCAAUGGUGGCGUUUGUAGUGCCUGAACAUCAGUUGGGAACUGCAUAUGGCUUCAUGCAGUCCAUUCAGAACCUUGGGUUGGCUAUCAUCUCCAUCAUUGCUGGCAUGAUUCUCGACACUCGAGGAUACCUGUUUUUAGAAGUUUUCUUCAUUGCCUGUGUUUCUUUGUCACUUCUGUCUGUGGUCUUACUGUAUUUGGUGAAUCGAGCUCAAGGUGGGAACCUUAACUAUUCAGCAAAACAAAGGGAAGAAAUAAAACUUUCACAUACUGAAUGAGAAGUUUAAAUGACUGUGUCUUGAGAAUGGACUGCACACAUCAUUGGUUGGAAAACUUCCAUUUAAAAAAAAAAUUAGUUUGGUCUUUAAGAGGUAUAAUGGUUUUGAAAGUCAUUCUAACUACAUUUUGAACAUACCUAUUUCAAAGUACAUUUGUGAGGACUGUUUUCGCCCGUGUCUCUUGUGUGCUGCUGAAGAAGCCUGCCUUGUAGUAGGCUUGUUGUGGUGACAAGUGCUCUGGGACAUUAUUGAGGACAGUAAGGAAUGAACUUUUUUGGGGGGGGCUGUCUGUACUGAGCUGAUUUUCACAUAUCAUUGGGGAUAUCGCCUUUUCUUGAAGGAAUAGAAGGGAUUAUUUUCUACACAGUAACAGUGACAUUUUAAAAGGGCUUUUUCUUCUUUUUUUAAUCCACUGGGUAACCUUUGGGAGAUAUUUUUAUGAAGUCUCUUCAUUUUCACAAAUAGCAGGUGGUCUGCUCUCCAUAACAAUGGGGUUGAUGAGCAGUACUCUUUUCUUCUUUCUUUUUUUGCCUCCAGGUUUAUCACCGCUAGAGCUCAGAGCCAGCACUCCGAAUGAAGCCACUGCUCCUGGCAACCAUUCCCCCCUCUAUUUUAUUGGAUAGGACAGAGAGAAUUUGAGAGAGGAGGGGAGGUAGAGUGGGAGAGGGGAAGAGAGACACCUGCAGAGCUGCUCUGCCUCUUGUGAAGCGUCCGUCUUGUAGGUGGGGAGCCAGGAGCUCGAACACAGAUCCUUGCACAGGUCCUUGUACUUAGUACUUAACCUGGUGUGCCAUCGCCCUGCUUCCCUGAGCAGUUCUCUUCUGAGCUGCUUUUUCUUCUGCUUCUGAAGGUAGCCAUUAGUUAGGAACAUGAUUUUGUGACCAAAACUUUCUAAAUAGUUUUUCUUAUAUCUAACAACCAAAAAGUGUCUUUUAAACUGUCCUUUAAAUCACAUACCUGUGUGCAUAAAUAAAAAAUACUGCAUGAGGAAUA